AACAGAACUGCGCAGUCACUUCUCCUACUCGCAACACCUCGACGGUAUUUCGCUGCCUACAGAUUCUCGCAUUCUACCAAUUUACUUUUCUCGGCGGCCUCAUAAGCUCCUAGACCAGAGACUUGAAUCUACCCGCGCCGCUUCAAGAAUCGUCAAUCAGCAAUCAUGCCUGUCUCAGGACUUUCCGUCAACCCAGAGUGCGUCUCUGCUUUCAAUGAGCUGAAGCUCGGCCGCGGUGGCCCCAAAUACAUUAUCUACAAGAUCUCCGAUGAUCAGAAGGAGAUUGUGGUAGACGAGAUUGGCAAAGAGUCAGACUACGAUACCUUCAGAGAGAAGCUCAUCUCCAAGAAGGAAAAGAGUGGCAAGGAUAGACCCUCCUAUGCCAUCUACGACGUUGAAUUUGAGCUUGAGGGCGGUGAGGGCAAGAGAUCCAAAAUCGCCUUCAUUACCUACAUCAACCAAGACGCCACCGGUGUCAAGUCCCGCAUGGUCUACGCCAGCUCCCGCGAAACCUUGAAGAACGCACUAAACGGCAUUGCCAUGAACUGGCAAGCAAACGACCCAGGCGAGUUGGAAUGGGCCGAUCUUCUCAAGGAAGCGAGCAAGGGCAAGGGCACAAUAUAAUCCUGACACACGAGUUGGCCAAUUUGCGAUGCGGCUCACAAUGCGGCCUUCAUAGUGGAAGCAGCAAGUAAACCACGGGUUGUAUGCAAGUGGGAGUUCUCUUCUGACGAGCGGAGCUUCGCUUGUACAGGCUGUUGUCAUGCACCGUUGGAGGAGCCGACAUCUCACGCCGUGACGAAAACAGGUCCCAUGCAAUGAAGAAUCCGAGAUAGAUGGUCUGGAGCAAAAUCAAAACAAUUUUCCCAAAUAGUCACUCGCGCCCGGAAGAAUUAGGAUUGAUAUGAAGAACUUGCCGGUUUCGCCUGUCAGGUUUAUUAUUCUUCAACAUCUCGAUCUACUUUUAUUCCAUGCGUUCUCG